CAUUGAGAAACUAUCUUCUCUAAAUUCUGGGAGUAACAGGGAUGUGCUUUCAUAUAUUUUCAAAGACUUUUUGGAGGUUUGAUCAAAAAGUGUAUUAGAAAACUUAUUGAUGCAAAGGGUGUGCUGUUGGAAUCUUAUAGGUGAACUGAAACUCAUGAACAAGUGAGAUCUGAAGAACAGACUAGAAAACAAUCAUGGGUGUUUCAUAUUCUGAGCCAGUGUGCCAGUCAGCAUAUGACAAUGACUUGAAGGGCCUGAAAGAGAUGAUUGCUAAAAGCAACAAACAUGUAAAUGUACAAGACAAUGACACUGGUGACACUCCACUUAUAUCUGCUUCCAGAAAAGGCCAUAUGAGGACCAUAAAGUAUCUUUUAGGACAAGAUGCAAACGUGAACAUCAAAAACAAGCAAGAAAGAACAUGUUUACACUAUGCUGUAAGAGCAAGAUUUUCUUUCUUGGACUACGUGUUAAUAAUAAUCCUAAUGCCUGUUCUGCUUCUUGGCUACCUCAUCAUGUUGUCAAAAUCCAAGCAUAAUGAAACAGUGGUCAGGACUUUACUGAAAGCUGGAGUCAACGUAAAUGCUAAAGAUUAUAAGGGAAAUACAGCACUCCAUUAUGCCUGUGAAAUGAAAAAUCAAAGGGUUAUACCUGUCCUUCUGGAAGCUAGUGCAGAUCCUGGCAUAAAAAAUAAGAACCAUGAAAGUGCACUAGAUAUUGCCCAGCGAUUAAACUUCUCAAAGAUUAUACAAAUGAUACAGAAGUCAACGUAAGAAAGUGAUGUGACUUUUCAUUUUUUUUUAUUAUGGAGCUAAGUGUACUGACAGAGUGCACUUCCAUAUCAAUUUGGACAUGUAUUGCACACACACACACACAUAUAUAUAUAUAUAUAUAUAUAUAUAUAUAUAUAUAUAUAUAUAUAUAUAUGAAUUAUAAUAAAAUCACAAACAGAUCUCACUUGAAACCAAUAUACUACAAAAUGCAGCUAAACUGUUAUUUCAAAUAAACAUUUUGUAAAUUA